AUGUCUGUGGCCAACGUGGCCCUCCACCCGACAAAGCCCAUCCUGGUCACUGCCUCUGACGACAAGACCUGGAAGAUGUGGCACCUGCCUGGCGGCGACCUCAUCAUGUGUGGGGAGGGCCACAAGGAUUGGGUGGCGGGCAUCGACUUCCACCCCACGCGAUCAGGGCUGGCCUCGGGGUCAGGGGACGCCAGCGUCAAGCUCUGGAGCUUCGAGAAGCAGCGGUGUGUCGCCACGCUGACCGAGCACAAGCAGGCUGUAUGGUGUGUGCGGUACCAUGACGCAGGGGACUGGCUGGCCAGCUGCAGCCUCGACCACAGCGUCAGGCUGUGGGACGUGGGCGCGGGCCGCUGCCGGCAGGUGCUGCGGGGCCACGUGGACAGCGUCAACGACUGCGCCUGGCAGCCCUACGGCGCCGCCAUCACCACGGCGUCGUCGGACAAGACCGUGUCCACGUGGGACCCCCGCAGCGGACUCAGCGUGCAGACCUACUACGGCCACCGCAACAGCGUCACGGGCGUCGCCUACACGAUGGCGGGCGGCACCAUCGCCUCGACAGACGCGGACGGCGUGAUCAAGCUGUGGGACGUGCGCAUGGUGGCCGAGAUCACGUCCAUCGCCAGCGGCAAGUACCCCGCAAACAAGGCGGCCUUCGACACCAGCGGCGCGGUCCUGGCUGUGGCCAGCGAUGACGGCCGCGCCAAGCUGUACAACGCGGCCACAGGGGAGGCCCUCUGUGAGCUCGCGGGCCACGAGGACGCGGUGCAGGCGCUGGCCUUCGACAGGGGCGGCCAGUUCCUCGUGACGGCCUCCUCGGACUGCACGUUCAAGGUCUGGAGCGGAUGA